GAAAGUACAGAGACAGUAAGGUAAGCUUCGAGCCAACCACCUCUCUGUAUAAGUCUCGACAACGUCACCAACACCGUUUUUAUCAGCCCCAAAAAUGGCCUAUUUGACCAUCAAAUUUCUCAGUUUUGGUUGUUCUUGAACUUCUUCGCCUUCUUCUCUCGAGAAAUCAAGAACCCAUUAUCAGUUCAACGGCAAAAGAACAGAAAAAAAUGGCGGAUUUUUUCUCUGAAGAAAUCAUAAUCAACAUCCUCCGGAGGUUGCCCGUCAAAGUCCUUCUCCGCUGCACCAGCGUUUGCAGAUCAUGGUACAUUCUAAUCACCAGCCCUGAAUUUAUUUCCUCGCAUUUGAACUUCGCCGCUGACAGCAAGAAGAGAACCCCUUUCCUUCUCCUCAGGCGCCUUGUUAGAAAUUCCGAGCAGUAUGAUUUGUACUCGGACAACGAAUCUUUUGCCCGGAUUUCGACAUUCGAAUUCCCAUUUAGAAGCAUAAACUCUUGUUUUACGAUUGUUGGUUGCUGUAAUGGUUUGUUGUGCCUUUCUGAUGAUCGAGUUUAUUACAUGCACACAGUGAUUCUGUGGAACCCCUGUAUCAAGAAAUCGGUUCUUCUCCCCAAACCCAACUUGAUUUACAGUUCAUAUGGUUCAUUUAUGCAGACUCUUGGAUUUGGGUUCGACCCGAUUGCUAGUGAUUAUAAGGUUAUUAGGAUAACUUAUGUGGAUUGCGGCCGGGGCCUGCCCCUGGUUGAGCUUUACAGGCUGAGCACUGGGGUGUGGCAAGAUUUGAGCUUCUUGGCUUUUGAGUAUGUUAUAUAUAAUCGAUCUCGACAAGCCUGUGUCAAUGGGGCUACUCAUUGGAUUGCCCGUAGCACGGAUUGCUAUGAUUUGAUCGUGUUGUUCGAUAUGUGUGGUGAGGUAUUUCGAGAGAUGAUGCUUCCGCUUAGUCUUGUUGAUAACGAGUCAAUGAGGAGUAAGGACUUGGGGGUGUAUAAGGAGUCUCUUGCUGUUAUUGUGUGGAGCGUAUCGGGGCCGCAGCCUGGCUUUUGUGUUUGGGUGAUGAAUGAGUACGGUGUGGAGUCGUCUUGGACUAAACACUUCAGCAUCGAUUUACAUGAGUUUGGCAGAGAAUAUGUGAGGCCUCUGUGGAUUAGAAAACAAGGUGAGAUUAUCACGGUUUGGCAGGACGGGCGUUUGAUUGCGUAUGAUCACAAUGGAGGUGAAGUUAAGGAUCUUGGAGUCCAUGGCUCAAGAUGUGAGGACUAUCGCCGCUCUGUUCAUGUGGAUGGUUAUAUGAAAAGUUUGGUUCUUUUGGAGAAGGGUUCUUGUUUCUCUGAUGCCGUUACACGCAUCAAAUUACCAGCUCUGCAGACCGAUGAUUGUGAUUCUAGCUAUGGAAGUGAUUGUGAGCAUAGCUCUGAGAGUGAUUACAAACAUGGCCAUGGGAGUUACGGUGGGCUGUUUGUGAGACAGUGAAACUUGAAGUGAACACUGCAGAGCAAUAAAGGUUUGAUGUCUGUCGCAACCUCGAACCCGGAACAUAAUGGAUGACAACUAUCAUAGUUGUAUGGAUAUUUUUAAGAAGAGAAACUUGGGCAGAAUAGACAUCAAAGGAAUUCAUGUUUGAACCAUCUUGUCUUUGCUUUUCCCUUUCGUAAGGAUUCUUCUAUCUUACAAUUCCAUGAACCAGAUAUCACUGAAAAGAUUUUUCAGAUGCAUCAUUCAUGCCUAAU